GUGCUUCCAGUCUCUGUCACUAACGGCCUGUCCCGGCAGAAUAGUGAUGUUGCUGCAGACGAGGGCGCCGACGGAUGCUCACGGGGUAUUUUGGCAGUGCAAACAGGAGUUUCAACGUUUGUGAAAGAGAACUCUCGAGUACUGUGGAUUGUUUUCUACAUCGUACUUCUUCUCGCUUACUUUGCAUACUUUUCUUAUGCCAUGUAUUACAG